CAUACUGCGUGCGCCUCGGUAGCAUAGGGGGAGGCGGUGCAGCCAUGUGCAGUUUCCUGUUUUCCACAAGCAGGGCAGACAUGUGCAGCUUCCUGUUUGCCUCAGGCAGGGCAGGCUUGGGAUCGCUGUUAAAUAACCCUGCACAUCGCGUAGCUGUUAUCUCAGCUGUGUGCAGGAGAUCUCUCGCUGACAUGACUUCAGAGGGGCAUUUGCUGACACCAGAUGAAAGAACCCAAGCUCUCCAAGAACUCGGCUCAUUGGGAUGGACUGAGAUCCCAGAAAGAGAUGCCAUUUAUAAAGAGUACAUCUUCAAGAACUUUAACCAGGCCUUUGGAUUUAUGACUCGUGUGGCCCUGCAAGCAGAGAAAAUGAAUCACCACCCAGAAUGGUUUAAUGUAUACAACAAGGUUCAGAUAACCUUGACAACACACGAUCGUAGAAGCCUGACUACAAAGGACGUGAAGCUUGCCCAGUUUAUUGAGAAAGCUGCAGCAUCCUAAGAAAUGAAUUAAAACACGUUUGAAGCUU